GGCGCCGGCGCGCGCGGCGGUAGCUGGAGCUCGGCUGGGGGCGGCGGGGCUGUCGCGAUAGAGGGGGCCCAGGAGCUGUCGCGAUAGUAGCAGGGUUCCUAGUUGCCAUCCAUGCCCACAGCGUGGCAGGGCUGUCUCGGCAAGAGUGAGGGUCCCUGGGGCUGGUGGUGUAUGCACGACAGGAGUGGGGUUCCCAAGGCCAGCCCUGGCAAGACUGUCAGGGUAAGGGCGGGGUUGUCACGAUAGGAGUGGGGUCCGCAGGGCCAGCCCUGGCAAGGCUGUCACGAUAGAAGCGUGGUACCUGAAGCCAGCCCUGGCAGGACAGUUGUGACAGGAGUGGGGUGCCCAAGUCCAGUCCUGGCAGGGCUGUCGUGACAGGAGAGGGGUCCCCCUGCAUCUAGAGGUGGCCCUGUCCCCCCCGUCCCCACAGGCCCCAGCUCCCCGCUGGGGGUCCCCGAGCCUGGCCUGCCCGUGCCCCCGGCCAGUGGCAGGGCCGGGAUGGAGGCGGAUGGAGCCCUCGACGCCGCGGCGCUGGAGCGGGAGCUGCGGGCGGCAGUGGCGGCUGACGAGAGGCGGGAGAGGGAGAAUGACGCCAAGCUGCGGGCCCUGCACCAGCGCGUCCCCUCCUACGAGGAGUUCAGGAACAUUGUGCUGGCAUCACACCUGAAGCCCCUAGAGAAAAAGGACAAGAUGGGUAAGAGGAUGAACGUGCUGUGGAAUCCCUGUGCAGCCCGCACCAAGGCCCCGCAAGCCAGCGACAUGGAAAUACCCCAGGAACUGGAUCAACUGCCUGGAACCUCUGCCGAAUUUUACAGAGAUUGGCGCAGAUGCUUAAGAAGCGGAAAAGAAAAAUACCAGCUUUUGCUUGAACUCGGAGGGAAGGCCUUGGGCAGAAUGUUUCAGGCUGACUUGGGCUUUGGCCUCCUGGGUGAGUUCCUUACAGUGCUGGCAGAGCAUGUCUGUCAUGAAGACAGAGAUGCCAUCCUUCAGAUCUUAGAGAGCCUUUCGCGCACCAAGCGCUUCGGGUUAAAUGUAGAUCUUCUGAGCGAGUCAGAGAAGGAGAGCAGCAGGGACUUGUUUAGGAAGCUGCAGAGCAUGAGCAGGGAUUAUCGGACCUCUGGCCAUCCCCGUGGCCCAGCCGGCUGCGAAGCUGAGAGGGAAGCCCACAUCAUGGACCCCAGCCUGCAAAAGGAAGCCGAGGAGGAAAGGAUAGUGAUGGAGCUGAUGAAAUGUUACCAGGUUGACUGAAGGAGCAGAAACACCAAGGUCAUGCAGAAAGAGUGCCAAAGAAGCUCAAAGCUUGACUUUGGCAUCACUUUGCGAGAUGGCUAAAUCAGAUACGUCUGGAGCAUUCCUUCCAUUUCUCUGUACCUGGGAGCCACCCAGAGCAAUAGUUCUGCACAAAUAAAGGUUAGUUA